CCAGCUGCUGCCCAGUGGACUCAGUCUUCCGGCGGGGAGUAUGGCGGGGGUAAUGUUGAUGGUGGUUCCGCUGUGGCCGGCGUCCCGGGGACUACUCCGAAACUGUUGGGAGUUGCUGCAGCGGAAAUUCCAGCAAAGCUGGCCAGGCCUUUCCAGCCCUCCGUGGGGACCAGCAUUAGCAGUCCAGGGUCCAGGGCUACUUACAGAGCCAGCAAAAGAUACCAGUGGAAGUAAGGAGAAUUCCAGCCUCCUGGAUGGUAUAUUUUGGAUGGCAGCUCCCAAACACAGACGCAGUAUUGAAGUUAACCGGUGUAGAAGAAGAAACUCUCAGAAACUUAUUAAAGUUAAGAAUAAUAUCGACGUUUGUCCAGAAUGUGGUCACCUAAAAUUGAAACAUGUCCUUUGUGGCUUUUGCUAUGAGAAAGUGCGCAAGGAGACUGCAGAAAUCAGACUACACAUAGGGAAACAAGAAGGGGGCCCAUUUAAAGCUCCACCCACAGAGACUGUGGUCUUGUACACAGGAGAAACACCAUCUCCACAUGAUCAGGGCAAGAGGAUCAUUGAGCGAGACAAGAAGCGGCCAUCCUGGUUCACCCAAAACUGACAGCAAAGAUGUUAAAAGAGUAACUUCACAGUAAAACUUACUCCUAAAAUACGAGAAGGCUUUGUUUUUUAUGUUGUUGGGCUUGUUUUUUGCUCACCAGUAUAAAGUAUAAUUUAUAUACCACUAUAUGUGAGAUAAUUUGAAGAAUAUAUGAGUAAACUCUAAAAGUGUUUAUAUACAGGUUCAUUGAAUUAAUAAUGUCUUUCUAUUA